AUGGCGCAUCGAAUAAUAACCCAAGUUGUCGUGACUGGAUCCCGAGUCUUUGGGCGUGCCCUAGUUGAAGCGUGGAAGCAAGCUAGUGCUUCUUCUCAGUAUGCCCGAGCGCAAGCCAAAAAUCCCAAUGCAAACCCUAGCUAUUCUUCCCAUGGACUUACACUCGAGGAAGCAUGCAAAAUCCUCAACAUGAAACCACCUAUAGGAGGGAAUAUGAACGCCGAAGAAGUUACAGAGCGAUUCAAAAAGCUCUUUGAUGUCAACGAUCCUAAAAAGGGUGGUAGCUUUUAUCUCCAAAGUAAGGUGCUAAGAGCUAGGGAAAGAAUGGAAGCGGAAAUUAGGCAAGAGCAAGAAAAAGUUGCUCGGGAAGCAGACCUGAGAGAGGGUUGGAAGCCAAAAGUGUAUAAAGAUCGCUAA